UUACCUGCCCGCUCACCACUACACUCAGUAGUUUAUAUACAACAGCCAGAUAAACAUACACAGCAGACAGAUAUAGUUUUAUAUCAAUAGUAAAUACCUUGAUGGCUUUACACAAUAUAUAUAUUCACGCAUAUAGCGUGGCGAGGAUGCGUAGGACUGUUGUUUAAGAACUAGUGAAAAGUGAUAACGUUUAGGUGUUUGUUGCAAAAGUGAAAGUUAUUAUGUUGAUAGAUAGAUAGAUAGUGCUACUCAAUAGUAAUAAUUAAGCUAGUGAAAAUCAAUGUUUGAUUAAUGGAUUGAAUAAAACGGAAUCAUGAUCGAUUAAAAACUUCUCACGAAGAUUGGUUGGUUGGUCUCUUGACCAGGAUGUGAAACCAUGAGAAUCUGCAAGUGUCCUCUGUGAUUAACAUUGUGAAGAAGAUAUUUUAGCAUUUCCGCCAUUUUGAAGGAAAAAAAAUUUGGCGGGAAAAAAUAAAUCAAGAUGGAGUUGAAGGUGUGGGUUGAAGGAAUACAGAGGAUUGUGUGCGGGGUAACAGAGAAGACGACAUGUCAGGAUAUAGUCUACGCGCUUGCGCACGCUACAGGGCGCACGGGUCGUUUCACGCUCAUAGAGCGCUGGAGGAACAAUGAGAGAUUGCUCGCUCCUCAAGAGCACCCUUUACAGGUCAUGAAGAAGUGGGGCGAAUAUUCCUAUGAUGUUCAAUUUAUCCUUCAAAGAUCUCCUCUGGAUCCCCUAAAGGGAGUAGGAACGGAUCCUAAAGGACCUCUUAGUCAGGGUAUUUGGAAGACCCCUCCAGGCCGAUUAAAACCGGAUAUAGCACGGCUCAGUCCAGAUUCAGGACAAGGAUCGGAUCCGACCGGCAGCGAUUCGUCCAAUUUUUCGUCGGACGCCGAGAAAUCUAAAAAUCAGCGACCUAGUCACCUCCCACCCUCGGGAUUUCAACCCUCAGGUUGGCCCCGAUCUCGUUUCCAAUCUCCGUCCCCAGAUCGACCUCAAGACUAUGGAUACUCUAGAGGAGGUUACAGAGGGGUGGGACCUCCACCUCCAGCCUACCGACCUCCACCUCACCCAGGCCGGAAUCCUAGCCCCGCCGAACCACCGCCAUAUAGAGAACCACCUCCUCCUCCGGGUUCUCAUGCCAGGGGCGGUCCAAUCCCUACCUCCCCUACACAGGGGCGCCAUGUCUCCGCCUCCCCCAGCCGAGGGCUUCCUCCUCCUCACCCUUCUUACGCCCCUCACUCCCCAACACCCCCUAGAAAUCAACAUAUGGGGCGUCCGCCUCAUUACUCCCCUCCUCCUCAUCAUAGAGAAGUGAGAGGGCACCCCAAGGGACCUUCACCAGGCAGAUCUAUUCCUAGUCGUGUUUCAGGAUCGCCCGCUAGAGGUCACUCAUCACCUGCCAGAAAUACUUGGAAGAAUGAUGAUUAUGGAGAACUUCAAAAUUUGGUUUCUGCACAGAAAACCAGAAUUCAGUCCCAGCAUGCAGAGAUUAUUCAUUGUGAAAAUGAACUGAGAUAUUUUGCUGGAUCCGGAGGAGUUGAUUAUCUACCUUCACAGCUGGAGGCUGUCCUAGCCGAGGUUCGGAGGCUGGAGGAGGCGGCCUCCAGAAACGAGGAGGAACUCUCAAACUUCGGAGGCGAAAAUCAGUUUACCAUCAGGAAUGAGUUGGAUCAGUUGAAACACAGGCUUGAGAUGACCGACUUAGAGUUACAGAAAACCAACGCAACCCUUCGCAGACUCGGAGACGAGAUGCGUUCUUACUCCCAGGAGAAGAUGAAGGAGAGGGAAUGUGAACUAAGACUAGAGAUUGCUAAGAUCGAACAGGAGAUCAAACAUCUACAGCGAAGCUCCGAGGAUAGUACGGCCAUCUCAGAUAAACUAAACCGUGAGCAAAAGGAUGUCGAACAAGAACUCUUGAAUCGGAAAGCUGAGGUUGAACACCUGAUGAAGGAAAUGAAAAGUCUGAAUCUGGAAUCUUUAACAAUAUCUCCUCCUGAGGAAUCUAAACCGUUCUUAGAAGGUCCUAUGAAAGCUGGUAGUACAAGGAAGAUGCUAGGGAGCCCCCGUCAACUGGAGAAUGCUGUCCCGACCUCCAAAAACCCCCAUGGAGUCUGGGUUUAGUACCCGCUUUUAGAACCAGAAAUUGAUUGAUUGAUUGAUUGAUCGAGAUAAACCAAGGAACUACCAAAGAUGGGAUAAAAAGUUCUCUAAUCAUCCAUCCUUCAGAAAUAUAAAGUUCCCCCAAAUAUCUCUGUUUUCUAGUUCUACCCUUUUAAUGUCCCU